UCCGCCUACAAACAGAAUAUUGUUCUACAGUAGCCUACUUCUUGCCUAUUAUUGUCUUGUCAUCCGCAACGGAAUUGCAAUCUGUUGACAGCGGUACAUUGCGUCUCUCUGUGGAUUGGGCACAUUGGCGAGAAAAGAAAACCUGGAUUUGCACAUACGCAAUUUACGCACUAGCAUUCAAGGGGAGAUCGAAUACUUCCAACGUUGUUAUCCUGAGCCCUCAUGGCAAACCCAAAAGCCUUUCACAUAAAUAGCCCGUUUUUAGAGAGCAUAGACAUGUCAAAACGGACGGGGACCAAUGUGUAUUUAAAAAUGGAAAGUUCCCAACCCUCCGGUUCAUUCAAAAUCCGUGGUAUCGGACACCUCUGCCAAAAGGUUGCAGGACCAGAGUCCAAAGGAGUUGUUUGCUCUUCAGGUGGCAACGCUGGGAUGGCCACAGCCUAUGUGGCACGCAAACUAAACAUACCAGCAACUAUCAUUGUGCCGUCAUCCUCUCCUGAGCUGAUUAGGGAGAAGCUGAAGGACCAGGGAGCCACGGUCAGAGUCGUCGGCAAGGUGUGGGAUGAUGCCAAUGAUGAGGCCCUGCGUCUGACCCAGACUGAUGGCCUGACCUAUGUCCCACCCUUUGACCAUCCUCUGCUCUGGCAAGGCCAUGCCAGUAUUGUGAGAGAGAUCAAGGCCUCUCUUCCAUCCAAGCCUGGGGCUGUAGUUUUAUCUGUAGGGGGAGGAGGGCUGCUCUGUGGGGUGGUGGAGGGCAUGAAGGAAGUGGGCUGGGCCAGUGUGCCCAUCAUCUGCAUGGAGACUGAGGGAGCAGACUGUUUUUACGCAGCAGUAAAGGCUGGCAAGAUAGUCACCCUCCCUGACAUCACUAGUGAGGCCAAGUGUCUGGGUUCGAAGACGGUGUGCAGCCAGGCCUUUGAGUACAUUAAGGAGGGCAACAUGAACAUCAUAUCAGAGCUGGUCACUGACCAGCAGGCCUUGCAAGCAGUGGAGACCUUCCUGGACGAGGAGCGUGUGCUGGUGGAGCUGGCCUGUGGUGCUGCGUUAGCGGCUGUGUACUGUGGUGUCAUCCAGAGACUGCAGGGUGAGGGCCGGCUGCCUGUUCCCCUAGCAGGACCCCUAGUCAUGAUUGUCUGUGGAGGGAGCAGCAUCAACCAGGCACAGCUGGAACAUCUCAGGAAGGUCCUCAACAGAUGAACACAGAACAUGGAGCUCCUAGGCUGAGUCUCAAAUAUCACCCUAUUCCCUAUAUAGUUCACUACUUUUGACCAGGGCCUAUAGCCUUGUCCUAUAGUUGAUCAAACAAUAAAAUAGUUGGCUACAGCACAUACAGUAUGGACGAGGCUAUUGGAUUUCCACCAGUAGGUCAUGGCUCCAGACUGUUUUAAUGAAAGGUUAUGAGGACCGAUUCAUAAUUGUUUUUUAUUACAGCUUCUUACCCUGUUGUAUACAUUUUCACAAUGUUGACUAAUGCUGCCUCUAAUUUCCCUGCUUUGCAAUCAGUGUCAAAUUUGGAAAAUCUCUGACAACCUUUUAUGUCUCAUAGAAUAAAAUCUGAAAUACAA